UCCUUUUCGGCGUCGAUGUUGGGGCUGUAAUAUCGCCUCAUUGUGCCGUGUGGAUAAAUCUUCGAAAAUCCGGGCGAUUUUUGACUGUUCAACAUCAAAAUGGCGACGCUAGUGUCCGAGCACCUCGUCUAUCGGGGUAUAAUGCACGGCCACACAGGCUGGGUCACUCAAAUCGCCACCAACCCCAACUAUCCUGAAGUGAUUCUGUCGUCAUCCCGAGACAAGACCCUGAUCCUCUGGGAUCUGAAGCGCGAAGAGGGAUGCUACGGUGUCCCGAAGAGGCGUCUCCAUGGUCAUGGUCACUUUGUUACCGAUGUUGUCAUGUCCUCCGACGGUCACUACGCGCUGUCUUGCUCCUGGGACAAGCACCUCCGAUUGUGGGAUUUGAACGCCGGCAAGAGCACUCGCCGUUUCGAAGACCACAAGAAGGACGUUCUCUCGGUGGCUUUCUCUGCUGACAACAGACAGAUCGUCUCCGGCUCCCGAGACAAAACCAUCAAGCUGUGGAAUACACUUGCCCAAUGCAAGUACACCAUCGUUGAGGACGGCCAUGAGCACUGGGUUUCGUGCGUGCGCUUCUCGCCAAACAACACCAACCCUGUCAUCGUUUCUUGCGGCUGGGAUCGUGUCGUCAAGGUGUGGAACCUCGCCAACUGCAAGAUCAAGACCAAUCACCGCGGUCAUAAGAGAUACCUGAACACCGUCACUGUCUCUCCAGAUGGCUCUCUGUGCGCCUCCGGAGGCAAGGACGGUCUCGCCAUGCUCUGGGACUUGAAUGAUGGCAAGCAUCUGUACACCCUCAACAACAAGAAGGAAUCGAGCAGCAUCAACACACUCUGCUUCUCACCGAACAGAUAUUGGCUGUGCGUCGCUAACGGAGGUGGCAUCAACGUUUGGGAUCUCGAGAACAAGCGUCUUGUGGAUGAGUUGAAGCCUGAGCUCGUAUGCAACAACAACACGAAGAAUAAGAGCAGCGAAUGUAUUUCUCUCGCUUGGGCUCCUGACGGCCAGACCCUCUUCGCUGGUUACACGGACAACUCGAUUCGUGUCUGGCAAGUCAGUGUGAAGCAGUCCUCUGCUUGAGAAAAUCGUAUUCUCUAAUCGUGCGAUCGACGUGCUGGAAAAUAAAGAAAAAACGACCGGAGCUCAUGGGUCUUCCCUCCUCAA